GGGCCCGCGUUGCCUAGCGACCUUAGGCGCGGACUGUGGGCAGGCGACGGCGGCGUGUGGAUGGAGGCCUCGGUACCCGGCCGGGCGCGGCGGGGCAGGCGGCGGACCCGGGCCGCUGGCUCCCCGCUCUCUCGGGCCGCCGUCCUCCUCUUUCUUUCCGCCUUCCUCGUGCGGGUGCCCGCAUCAGUUGGGUAUUUGGUUCGAUUACCGAGAAGCUUUCGCUUGACCAAAGAUUCAGUGAAAAUAGUGGGAUCAACAAAUUUCCCAGUGAAAGUAUAUGUCAUGCUCCAUCAAAAAAGUCCACAUGUGUUAUGUGUAACGCAACGACUACGAAAUGCUGAACUGAUAGACCCAUCAUUCCAGUGGCAUGGGCCGAAAGGAAAAGUUAUUUCAGAAAACAGCACUACACAAGUAACAUCCACAGGAAGCCUUGUAUUCCAAAAUUUUCAGGAGCGUAUGAGUGGAAUUUAUACAUGUUCCCUUGAGUAUAAACCUACUGUGGAAGAAACUGUUAAACGUCUUCACCUAAAAUAUAUUAUAUAUGCUUAUCGUGAGCCUCAUUAUUAUUAUCAGUUCACAGCUCGAUAUCAUGCACCUCCAUGCAAUAGUAUUUAUAAUAUUUCUUUUGAGAAGAAACUUCUUCAGAUUUUAAGCAAACUGGUUCUUGACCUGUCAUGUGAAAUUUCCUUACUUAAGUCUGAAUGCCAUCAUGUUAAAAUGCAAAAAGCUGGUUUGCAAAAUGAAUUAUUCUUUACAUUUUCAGUUUCAUCUCUAGACACUGGAAAAGGACCCAAGCCAUGUACAGACCGUAACUGUGAAUCUUCCAGAAGACUAGCUAAGGCUAAAAAUCUCAUAGAGAGAUUUUUUAAUCAACAAGUAGAAGCUCUUGGCAGACGUGCAGAACCAUUGCCUGAAAUAUACUACAUUGAAGGUACUCUCCAAAUGGUUUGGAUUAAUCGCUGCUUUCCAGGGUAUGGAAUGAAUGACAUGCAACAUCCAAAAUGUCCUGAGUGCUGUGUGAUCUGCAGCCCUGGAUCAUAUAACCCCCGUGAUGGAAUUCAUUGCCUUCAAUGCAAUAGCAGUCUGGUGUAUGGAGCAAAAGCUUGCUCUUAAGUCAUUAUCUUGAGUUAUUCAGUGGUUUAUUAAAUGCAAAGUAUAUAUUUGAAAUAUUAACAUAUAAUAAAUCAUUAUUAUGCCAAAAUUAAAUAUA